ACAACCGGAAGCGCCACGGCGCACAUCCCUUUAUGCCCCUCCCACGGAGCACGGCGGCGGAAACUGGGACGCGGCUUAUCGCAAGGAUGGUGACCGACGUGCAACUGGCCAUCUUCGCCAACAUGCUGGGCGUGUCGCUCUUCCUUCUCGUCGUGCUCUACCACUACGUAGCCGUCAACAAUCCCAAGAAGCAGGAGUGACUAUCCUUCCCCUCCAAAAAAGCAGAGCAGUGAUCGCCGGCGUCAUGUCCCUGCAUCGGACAGCCUCUUCCUCCCUGCUCCAUUGGACAAGAACAAAACACCUGUAACUGUGAUGGCACAGACCUGGAUCAAAAGCAAGGCGUGGCACAGCAGGGCAGAAUGGGCCUCUCUCUCUCUCUCUUUUUUUUGUCAAACAAAUUUUAUUAAUAGAAACGUGUUACAAGACAA